AUGGCAGCGUCGGUGCUCAGAUUGGCCGUCCUCUGGACGUUGGCCGUGCAGGUUCUCUGCGAGGCCGUUGACCCAUCCAGGCUCCUCUCCUACCCUACCAAGCCGCGCGUGUUCAUCCUCUCCGAUAUCUCCAACGAACCUGACGACCAGCAAUCGCUAACGCGCUACCUCCUCUACUCCAACCAAUUCCAGACCGAGGGUCUCGUUGCGUCGACAUCCACCUGGCUACGCGAUGAGGUCCACCCGGAGGACAUGCUGCAGGUGAUCAACGCAUACGGCAACGUCACGGCAGACCUCAACCAGCACGCUCCUCCUGACGCUCUUUAUCCCUCCGCGGACUACUUCCGGAGCAUCCUGCGUAAGGGAGCCGAGACCUACGGCAUGAGAGCCGUCGGGGAGAACAUCACCCUCAGCGACGGCGGAAAGCUGCUCCUUGAGCGCCUCCAAACCCCCUCCACCCAACCCCUCUGGGUCCUGGCCUGGGGCGGCACCAACGUCCUCGCCCAAGUCCUCUACAAGAUCCACGCCACUUUCCCCGCCAAAACCGCCGCAACCCUACGCUCGCGCCUCCGCGUCUACGCCAUCUCCGACCAAGACGACACAGGCGCCUGGAUCCGCCGCUCCUACCCAGACAUCUUCUACAUCUCCUCAACCCACGGCUGGAACCAGUACGGGCUGGCCGCGUGGAUCGGCAUUUCCGGCGAGUCGUACUACGGCGUCGACGAGGGCGGGCCCAACGCCACCACCGUCUCGCACACGUGGCUGCGCGAGAACAUCCAGAUCGGCCCGUACGGCGCCACCGCGUACCCGGACUACAAGUACAUCAUGGAAGGCGACACCCCGACGUUCCUGUACCUGGUCCAGAACGGGCUGGGCGAUCCAGAACACCCCGGGUAUGGGUCGUGGGGCGGCCGGUAUACGAAGGUUGACCCGUCGACUGCGCUGACUCCCAACUUCAACCACUACAGCGACGCCGCGGACCGCGUGCGCGGCCUGAACAACCGCACCUUCACGUCGAACCAGGCCACCAUCUGGCGCUGGCGCGACGCCUACCAGAAUGACUUUGCCGCCCGCAUGCAGUGGACGCUCCCUGCCGCGAAUGCCACGCGGAACCAGAAGCAGAACCACCACCCCGUCGUCUCGGUAAACGGGAGCACGGCGCUGGCCCCGUUCAGUCUCACAGCUUCAACGGGAUCCACCGUGACGCUGGAUGCAAAGGGCACGUACGACCCGGACGGCGACGAGCUGGCGUAUAGCUGGUGGCAGUACAAGGAGCCUGGCUCGGACGACUGGAAUGUUGCCGGGCAGGUGCCUGCACUCGGGCUGGUGGCCGAGGGCAAGGGGGAGCGCGUAAAUGUGCAGAUCCCGACGGCGGACCAGAGCUGCAAUGGCAAGGGCGAGAAUCCCUCGGGCUGUUGGCUGGUGCAUUUGGUCCUGGAGGUGCGCGAUAACGGGGCCAUUCCGCUGACGACGUAUCGGAGGGUGUUGAUUCAGACGACGAAUGAGACGGUCGUUCCUGAUGCUUAG